CAUUCAGAAUACUGGUAGGCACGCUGCCAAUACCUCUAGCAGGACAUUGAGGAUGGCUUGGCAUCGGCACUGGGCUGCGUUGACUGAAAUUAAUGCUCUGAGGUGUAUUUUGGACAUAGUGUUGGGAUUUCGUUGUCGCUAAGAGCGCUGUGUGGAUCUCUCGCUGCGACAGACCUCUUAGAAAGCGUUUUCACGGCCGUUGCACCAACAAAAAAUACCCGUGGUCCACGUCAAGGAGGAAACUGUAACCUCGACUUACAACCUCGGCUGAGAUUGUACUACUGGCUUGACAAUACAGACAAGGACGGUAUCUACAGUCCCGUCGUUCGCCAAAAAGAAGCUAACACCCAAACAACAGGCGUUGGCCAAAAUUGGGCUAAGGCGCCGUUGCUAGUUAGCUAAGUUUGCUACGUCAAGAACUUUGUUGGCACGUUAAUGUGAACAACUUUAGAUAUCAGCCGUGUUUCUAUCUAGUCGUUGUGGUCGAAGUCCCAGGUAGAUGUUAUCAUCUCGGCCGAAAUAAUUUUUUUUAAGAAAAAGAAUGGACUAUAUGCCCUUUGUUGUUGCAAAAGUUAGCUAGUUAACACUUAGCCAAGUUGCAAGCCAUGCUAGUUUUUAACGUGACUCACUGGAUGGUAAUGAAUGUAAAGUACCGCUUCUUCGGGUGUUGUCAGGCUGAUGCCUUUCACUGAAAGGCUGGAGAGGACUCGUUUAUAACCAAAAAGGAGACUCUGGGCUGUCUUCUGUUACACUGUGGACUGAGAAGAAAACUUGUCUGGCAAGGGUAAACGGACUAUUUUGAAAGUACUAUCAUGGGAUCUUUGAAGGCUCUCCAGGAGUGGUGUCGAAUACAAUGUGAAAAUUACAACGAUGUGGAAAUAAAGGACAUGUCAUCGUCCUUUCGGAACGGUCUGGCGUUUUGUGCCAUAAUACAUCGUUACAGACCAGAAUUAAUAGAUUUUUGUUCAUUGUCAAAAGAGAAUGUUUACGAGAACAACCGCCUGGCAUUUGAAGUGGCUGAGACACAGCUGGGAAUUCCAGCCCUGUUGGAUCCAGAAGAUAUGGUAUCAAUGAAGGUUCCUGACCGGCUCAGUAUCAUCACAUAUGUCUCCCAGUACUACAACUUCUUCAACAACAAGUCUCAAGCAAACCCUCCUUGCAUGAAAAGGCUGAGCUCUGUUGGUCAUAAUGAGCCAGUACAAAAAAAGCCUCCCACCCCCUUGGAAGACAAAGUCAUUGAGUCUGAGUUGAGCAACCCUGGUGUGGGAGAGGUUUCACAAGUAAAUCACAGCACACUCAGCAGCACCUGUACUGCCUGCCAGAAACACGUCCAUCUGGUGCAGAGAUUUCUGGUUGACAGCAAGCUCUACCAUCGCAACUGCUUCAGGUGCACAGAAUGCCACAGCACUUUGCUUCCUGGAUCCUACAAAUUAGGAAGUGACUCUGGAGCCUUGGUCUGCACACAUCACCUUACAAGGAACACUUUAGCUAAUCAGAAUGGCCGGCCAGAUCUUAGUAAAAAACCAGCAGUGUUGCAGUCUGCCAGGGUUGGUCGCAGCACACUUCCUCACGUAACACCUGGCCGGGAUCAGACAAAAAUUCCUUCUCCAGUGAGGCAAGCAAAUAAUGCUGGCACACCUCAGGAUGACUCUGUCACAGUUGCUGCUCCAGCUACAGAUAAAUCAGCCGCUUUACAUAAAGCUAAAGAGAUGGAGAACAUUGGAGAGACCGAUAAGAUGCUACGUUCUUCUUCUCCUCCCAACCCUUUUGAUGAGAGUGAUGAAGAGGAGGGCGAGGAAGAGGAAGAGAAAGAGGAUGAUACCAAAACAGAAGCCAAACCAACAACUAAUGGAGACCUCUCCUCUACACCUGUCAGUCACCAUGAAGGUGCUGCUCGGCCUGUGCCAGCACCCCGCAGGGUCUGUGAAUCCACUCCACCUCCUCGACCUGCCCCCCGGGUUCGGCUGUCUCAUACAGGAGACAGACUUACUAGUGGUGAAAACCAAAAGCCUCCAACCCCUCCCAAACCUAGAGAAAGAUCACAGUCUCCUGGAAGCCUGUCCAGUGGCACCCAUAAAUCCAAAGACCCACCUUGGCUCGCACUGGUCAAAUCAGAACCUAAGAAGAAGAAAGCCCCUGCCCCUCCCCCAGCCGGACUGGCAACCCCUCCCAAUACAGGCUCUAUGUCCUCUCUUAAAGGAGAGGGUUCGAGACCCAGCACACCCCCUCCGCCCCCCAAUCCCUUUGAGGAUGAAGACGAUGAAAACAAUGAAGCAGAGGAAGAAGAGGGGCCUGAGGGAGGUGCAAUACCAGCUACAGUUGUGGCCAGUCAUCCAUGGUACAGCAUCACCCGGGCAGCUGACUCAGGAGGUGCUGAAACUCCUCCAAGUGCAGGGAGCUCGUCCUGCUCUGCGAGUCCUGGGAGCAGCAAGAGCAAGAAGCGGCCAGCACCUCGAGCUCCACAGCCACCUGGGGGUAUCCAAGUUCUUUCCCACUCUCAGCCUUCCUCUUGCUCCCCUUCUCCAGCCCUCAGCACAGAGAGCCUGUCCUCUGGCUCAGACCACAGCUCCUCUCAGCCCCUUUCAUGUGGCAGUGCCAGCAGCGACCAGCAACAUACCUUCACCAAAAGCAUCUCAGAGCCUUCCAUCUGUUCACCAUGUGAACCUACAACCCCCUCGCUCUCUUCAAAUGAGCAUCUGCCUCAACCCUCUCCAAGUCCCAACCCCUCUUCCAUGCCAGCAAGUGCCAGCUCAGCACCAGCUACCCCACAGACCAGUCGUAGCAUGGGGACUAAAGGCACUGGAGCCCCUCCACGUCCCCCCAUAACCCCAAGCCCACUGGUUUCAGGAGCCAGCCAGUCACAUAACAAGCGGAUCUGUAAGGAGAAUCCAUUUAACAGGAAAGCUUCUCCUUCCCCUGCUAAGUCUAAAACCAGACCACCUAAAGGCCCUCGACCUGCAAGACCCCCGGCCCCAGGCCAUGGCUUCCCUCUCAUCAAACGCAAGGUGCAGUCAGAUCAGUACAUCCCUGUGGAGGACAUCCAUGGAGAGAUGGGUCAGCUGGAGAGGCAGCUGGACGAACUGGAGCAGAGGGGAGUGGAACUGGAGAAGAAGCUGAGAGACAACCCAAACGACGAGGAUGAGGAGCACCUAUUAGUGGACUGGUUUACUCUCAUCCAUGAGAAACACCUUUUAGUGCGACGAGAAGCUGAGCUGGUUUACACAGCAAAGCAGCAGAACCUAGAAGAGAGACAAGCAGAUGUGGAGUAUGAGCUGAGAUGUCUUCUCAACAAACCAGAGAAAGACUGGACGGAGGAGGAUAAGAGUCGGGAGCAGGAGCUCAUGGCUGAGCUGGUUACCAUUAUUGAACAGCGAAACCAAAUAGUAAACAACAUGGACCAGGAUAGACAGAGGGAGGAAGAGGAGGAUAAACUAAUGGAAGCUAUGCUGAAGAAAAAAGACUUCCAAAAGGAACCUGAGGCUGAGCAGCAGAAGAAAAAGAGUGCAAAGUUCAAACCCAUUAAAGUUCUCAAGAGGCUAAGCCAUAAAGGAGAACCAGGCAAGAGCCACAGCCCCCGAAAGGAAAAAUCACCAUAGAAAAGACCAGUUCUUAUCCAAGGGGGAUAUGUAUUUUUUUUAACAGGACUAAGAAAAAAGAUGUGAGGAAACAAAUGCAUCAGGUCAGAAAGACAAGGUCUUUAGUUUUCACUCUCAUUCUUGAUCUAGUGUAAGCCAGAGUCCACUGCAUCAGUACUGACAUACUUUAAAAACCAUUUUCGGUUUUCUUUGUUUUAAAAAGACAAUAUAACAAGUCAAGUCCUAUGACAGCUGACAUUUUAACUGAAUUGUGUAGGCCUUUACUUAAAGUUCAGUACAAGUGUGAUUCCUUACUCAUCUUUGAAAAAGUCAGAUGGUUGUAAGUUCAACUUAAAAUUUAGUGUUUUUAAUGUGCCCCUGACUUAACGCUCCUGAAACUUCCAUCUUCUCAUUGAUUCCAAGGGUCAGUAGAUGGAUAUCUGGGGAAGUUUCUUGUCCUAUUUAAUUUCAUACUGUGGUACUGUUUUUAUGACCUCAGCUUAAAAUCUUGGAAGAUCUUCUCUUGAAAUACAAUCCUUAGAUGAUGCCUAAGCUCUUCUAGCUGCUACUUUAUGGUUGUUGGUUUGCUUGCAUUGUAAUUUCUUCAUUAAUGGUUUGGCAAAAGGUUCCCCUUGUAUGAAUGUAUAUCAUCUCAGACUUGGUUGAAUGUAGAUACAGUAUUUAUGGUUGUGUGUGUGCAUGUGUGUGUUUACAUGGGAAAAAAGUUGGAGACUCAUUAUUUGGAAGUGAGAGGUCUGGAGAUCAUGGAAAACUGUAACUGUUAAAAGUUCAUACGUAUGGUAGGUCAAACAUGUAUUCAUGAACAUUACAAAAAGGCCAACAAAAGUAUUUUAACCACCAUAGAAAAACAAAGUUUUAACCAUUGGUGAAAACUUGAAUAUGCAAUCUAUAAUUUAUAUUUUACUCUGCCUUUCUAAUUCUCUUUUGCCUUGUAAGUGGAUAAAAAUGUUGAUCUUUAUGCAUACAAGUGCCAUUUAUUUAAUUUCCUUCUUGGUUGAGCAUCAUCAUUGUUUAAGUUAAUGAUAAUGUUAUCAUGUUUACUUAUUCUGUUCCUGUUUUGUCUUAAAUGCUGCCCAUUUUUUUAAGAGCUUCCUGCCAUGUUUUUCUUCUCCAUGCCUGUCCUAUUUAACAAGCUGAAACCAAGGGCUUCUGUAGCGCUACAUUUCUGCCAGCUAAACUUUGUCACAAAACAGCAGCAGGAUUAUAAAGAAUACUGACACUGGAAGGCAGAUGAAUAAAAUAACUUUGUGCAAGAUG